UCGACUUACUUGACCCAUCAAUAUGGCUGUGACAACGUAUCUCAAUUUGGUUGUGCUUGUUGGUGUAAGCAAUGGAUUCCUAUUCGGCUCAAAGUCUCAUCCCUGGGAUGGAUUGAAAGUGACUUGGGGCCUAAACCCUCUAAAUAGUAACAACUUUGCCAACAUGCCGAGAACGGAGGUUGACGCUAAACAGCAAGGCUUCACAAUGAUAUCUGGAUGUGGCCAUCCUAACUUCCUUGGAAAGAGAUACAUGAAAAAUAAUGACGCUGCUGUCAUCCUGAUAUAUGACGUUAACGGCUACAUCGCUGGCAUUCAGGCUGGGGUACCGACAGGACUAAGCAAUGGAUAUCCGGCAUCAAAUCUUCAGAAUCAUCCAAUGGUCAAAGACGGCGACAAACACUACAUUACAGCCUACUUUGUGUCACCAAAUUCGAUAUGCACACAUGGACGCACUGCUGCUCAGUUUAGCCAUCAGGGCACUGGAACAGAUCUCUAUAUACAGAACAGUACUGACCCUAUGGCCUCUAUCAAAAUACCCCAUCAGGAAUCCGACAUUGGAUCUACAUUGUGGGUUAAAGGCCACUGCUUCCCCGCCAUGGGUGUCCAUUAUUGGUUUGAUACUACUGCUGAUAUGUCCUGUGAUCGAUUUUUCCCCGUCUUCCUUCUCUACAAUGGAGGAGUCCUAAAUGCAUUUGGAUGGGCUUUUAGUGCAGGUCUGUCCUCACCUAGAUACGAACAUCCUACACAAUCAUCAUUUGGGGCAUUCAUGAAAGUUGUGCCAAACUGCCUACGUAGCAUAGGAACACUUUCGACACUACACAUUUACCUGAACGGAAGUCCACAGACAGAUUUGCUAUGCAACUAAAUGUGUUUUAGU